AUGUACCACCGGGAGCGGGUGCGGCUGUUUGGCCUCCCGCGGGAAACGGCGAAGGCCUUGGGGGGUUUUUACUCAAUAGCUUCUGCGCUUGGCUGCCUGGUCUACUUGGCGCUACUCAUGGCCACUGUUUUCGUUUUCCAAGUGGACAGGACUGAAGAGCCUGCUUACUUCUUUUUGUCUUCGACUUGGCUGCUAGUUACUCUUCUUUGGUUUAUUUUGCAAGCUUGUUUAAAACCUCCUCCGAAGCGCGUGGAGGAGUUGGUGCAUCAGUACGAAGCAGCAAGGCCGGGGGCCAACGCUGCUGCUGCUGCUGCUGCUGCUGCUGCUGCUGUUGCAGUGGGGGCCCCCCUCGUCGCCGUGGGGGCCCCCCUCGCGGGGCCCCCCGAGGUACCCGAAACUGAAAUGGCCCGCGCUGCGCGCUCCCAGCCAGUUGUUAUAGGCCAACAGCAGCAGCAGCAGCAGAAGCAGCAGCAGCAGCAGCAGCAGAAGCAGCAACAGAAGCAGCAGCAGCAGCAACAGAAGCAGCAGCAGCAACAGAAGCAGCAGCAGCAGCAGCAGCAGCAGCGGUUUCUGUUCCCCUCUGUUGCCUGA